AUGAUCUCAAAAAAUAUACUAAAAUCAACUAUUAUAAGUUGUAUUAUAAUAAUAUUAUUAAAUAUUGAUGUUGCUGUACCGUACAAUUCAUAUUUACCGGGAGAUGAUGAAACAUAUUUGGAUGUCUUAUCAUUGGUAAAAGAUUAUGUUAAAAAUGAUAAUCGAAUACAUGAAACAAAAGGUCUUGAUGGUUUUCCGGCUGUGGCAUUUCAAAGAGGUGUUGAGAUAGUCUUACCAUAUAGAAGUUACCUUCCAGAAAGAUUUUAUAGAAAUUUUGCCAUUGUAACAACUGUCAAAUUAAGUGAUAAUAAAGGUGGUUUUCUUUUUUCUGUUCUUAAUCCUUUUGAUACAAUAAUUGCUCUUGGUGUUAGUAUAACUGAUGGUGGUCAAAAUAAUAUGAAUAUAUCUUUGUAUUAUACUAAUACUAAUAGUCAAAUGGAAUCAAAUAUUUUGGCUUCAUUUAUUGUUCCUGAUAUGAUAUAUAAUUGGACACAUUUUGCCAUUGAAGUUAAUGAAGAUGCUGUUAUAUUAUAUUAUAAUUGUAAAAAAUAUCAAGUUAAACAGGUUAAAAGAAAACCAAUGCAAUUGCCUAUUGAUGAUGUCCAUAAAUUAUAUAUAGGAUCAGCUGGUCCCAUAAUUAGUCAAUCAUUCGAGGGUGCUAUACAAGAAUUAAAAAUUCAUGAUGAUCCUGCUGAAGCUGCAAAUCAAUGUAACGAAGAAUGGUGGCAAUCAAAGAAACUUGGAUUUCUCGACUUUGUCAAACAAAAGGAAUUUGAAGGAAGUGGUUUACCACAAGAAAAUUCAUUUUCUGCUUCAUCAUCAUCAUUCUCAAGAAGUAAUCCUGAAAUAGAAGCUAAAAAAACCAAUACAAUUUAUGAUUUAAAAACUGAUGAUAAUUCAGAAGAUGUUAAUACCAAUAAUAAUCAUUUACUUCCAUCACAAUUAAAAUUAAUGAAAGGUGAACCUGGUGAUAAAGGAGAACCAGGACCACCAGGUGUUUGUACACAAAUAUGUCAACCUGGUAGAGAUGGUUUACCUGGAUUACCAGGUCCUGAAGGACCACAAGGUAUACAAGGACCAAUGGGUCCUCAAGGGCCACCAGGACCACCUGGGCAAGUCGUAUAUGUUGAACCUGAUUCAAAUAGAAUUGAACCAAUAACUGGACCACAAGGACCACAGGGUCCACCUGGACCUCAGGGACCACCAGGAAUUCAAGGACCCAGAGGUGAACCAGGAAUAGGAUUACCAGGACCACCAGGAUUAUUUACAGGUUUAACUGAAAUGGAUUUAGUAAGGAUAGCUGCAUAUCCAGGAAUCAAAGGUGAAUGUGUUGAAAGAAAAUCAAAAAAUGAUUUUGAAGAUAACUCUGAUGAACUUCCUUUAUAUGAUAGAAAUGUUCAUAAACAAAAUGGUAGAAGAGAAAAAGGAGAUAAAGGUGAUAAGGGUGAUCAAGGACUUCCUGGACCACAAGGGCCACCAGGACCACCAGGAACUCCUGGAAUAGCUAAAACAGAUGGUUCUUAUAUAGCUUCAGGUGGUGUAGAAGUCUUUCAAACAACACAAGAAUUACUAGGAGCUACAAAUGUCAUCAAACAAGGAUCAUUAGCAUUCAGUAUUUCAUCACAACAAUUAAUGAUAAAAGUAGCAUCAGGUUGGAAAGAAAUUUCUUUUGGUAAAUUUUAUCCUGCUUUACAACCAAAACAUCCAAUUUCCAUUUCAUUACAACCGUCUGCUUCAUCUGUUAAAGAAGAUGUCCUUUCUUAUUGGUUGGGAAAUGAUGAUAGGAGAGUAAGUGAAAUUCACCGAAUACCUUGUACAAUGCCUCCCAUUAUAAUGAAUGCUUCAACAACUGAAGAUACCACAAAUCCUGGAGUUGUAAAAUUAGAAAAUGAUAGAAGAUAUCAUUAUAAUGUUGAAACAAGUUAUGAGGAAAGAUUAAAAGAACAUCAAAGAAGAAUGAAAGAAUAUGAGGAAAUGAAAAGAGAACAUGAAAGAAAAUUAAAAGAAUAUGAAAAAUCAAGAAAUAGGCAAAUGAGUUCUUCUGAAAGUGUACAUAUUAAUAAUCCACAGGCAGGCGGAUCACCAACAACAACAGAGAGAAAUUAUAACAAGCCAUAUGCUUUACCACAACACUACUAUUCCCAUGAUAAAACUAACAAGAAUGAAAAUAUUGCUAGUCACCAUAAACAACAACCAUUUUAUCAUCAAACACAUCUUCAUGAUAAAAAACUUCAUUUGAUUGCACUUAAUACACCAAUGGUUGGAGAUAUUAAGGGUGUCCGUGGAGCAGAUUUAUUAUGUUAUCAACAGGCUCGUCAAGCUGGUUAUACAACAACAUUCCGUGCAUUAGUAUCAUCAUAUGUUCAAGAUAUGAAUAAAAUAGUUUAUCCACAAGAUCGUCAUACACCAGUAGUUAAUAUAAAAAAUGAAACACUUUACAAUUCAUUGGAUGAAAUUUUCCAAGGACAACCAAUGAAUCCUGUGCCAAUAUAUUCAUUUUCAAGAAGAAAUAUUCUUACAGAUCACCUAUGGCCAGUUAAAUCAUUCUGGCAUGGUUCUGAAUUAGAAGGUCACCGUAAAAAUGGAUGUUUCUGUGAUGCUUGGAGAAGUUCACACAAAACACGAUAUGGUAUGGCAUCAAGAAUAAUGAAAGGCUAUCCAUUAUUAUCAAGACCAGAGAAAAUCUCUUGUGACAGUCGUUUAGCAGUAUUAUGUAUAGAAAAUAUGUCCAAGUAUAAUGUUGAUAGACAUCUAUCUGAUAAAAUUAAAUCUCAUCAUUAA